AUGAUAGGCAAUGUCUUGCUUCCACGUCUUUAUCCACAAAGUUUCGCCGCUAAAACUAGUAUAAAUAAAACACGAGGUAUUCUUUUAAAUGGACCGUCUGGCACUGGAAAAAGUUUGAUCGCUAGAACUGUGUGUGAUAUAUUAAACGUAACUCCGAAAGUACUACGUGGCUCAGAAAAAUUUUCAUUCAUACUGGGUCAAGCAGAACAAAAUAUUCAAGAUUUGUUUGAAGAUGGUUGUCAAGAUCAACGUAACUUUGGUUCCAAUAGUAAACUACACGUAAUUGUAUUCGACGAAAUCGAUGCUGUAUGCAAAAAUCGAACACAGAAUAAUUCAGUACGUGAUACCGUGCAAGAUAAUGAUACUGCCCACUUCUUGGGUGAGAUCGAUGGAAUGAUUUGUCGUGAUAGUAUUCUUUUAAUUAGCACAACAAAUUUUCUGGAAGCAAUUGAUCCAGCACUUCUUCAUCCGUGA